AUGUUUCCCAAUAUUUUCUACCUGCCGAUCCUUCUUCUCCCGGUUCUGGGGCAGGCGACACACCCGAAAAGUGUCUGCUACACUAGGUUUGGUUCAAAGUCGGUCAGUUCUCUACCAAUCGUAACUGGGACCAAGGCUACUACGUUAACGGCCGUUCGGGUCACUGUCAUCGUUCCGAAAACUACGAAAAUACCUUCUCCGACUACAAGCACGGCGAUUCAAGAUGUCACGACCACUGUAACAAGUACAGCACCACAGGACACGGAUGCAUUCCAUACGACUGUCACUGCAGACACCACUAUUACCUCUGUCUUUUCGGAGACGCUUGUCAGCACAGAAUUUGCCCGAACGACUAUGACCACUGGAGAUGGAACAUCGACGGUCACCACGAAAACACUGAGCUUGACGUGGGUCAGGACUGCUACGAAGACCGCUCUGAGACCGAUCAUCACUACCACGAGCACCUGUCCGCGCUUCCACAUCCAUCACGAACUUCACUACCAACACGUUUUCCACUUUAUCUACUACAACGUAUACCAGGACGACAGCUAA